AUGUCGGGUCUUAUCAAAGGGUCUGGAAAAUAUGCGGACAUUUUCAAAGCCGUUCGAGUGAGGGAUCGAGAGAAAUGCAUCAUCCGACCUGCAAAGGAGGUUGGAAGGCCCGGGAUAGAGCAGGAAAUUAAGAUUCUUCGCUUCUUGAAAGGAGGGCCGAACAUCUUGGACCUCGAAGACAUUGUUCGAGAGAAUCAGGCCGGAACACCAUCCUUGGUCUUUGAGUACGUGGAGAAUAUUGACUUCCGAUGCUUAUAUCCCACGUUUGGAGAGGAAGAUGCCCGCUACUACAUGAAGGAGCUUCUAGAGGCACUUCAAUUUUGCCAUGGCAGCAGUAUCAUGCAUCGAAACGUUCGACCCCACAACAUAAUGUUUGACCAUAGUCGACGAAAGCUGCGCCUUUUUGGCUGGGAAUAUGCCGAGGUGUACGUGGCCAACUCGAGGUAUAGCGUCCGUGUCGGCCAAGGCGUCAUUAAGGCGCCCGAACUACUUCUACAGCACGAAGAGUACGACUGUAGUCUAGAUAUGUGGAAUGCGGGCGUGGUUUUUGCUUCUAUCAUCUUCAGGAAAGAGCCAUUUUUCCACGGCGCGAGCAACUUCCAUCUCUUACAGACAAUUGCCAGAGUAUUGGGCACUAAAGGGCUGCUCAACUAUGUGGAGAAGUAUGAUAUUGAAACAACCCCGAACGACGUUGAUGCUAUUCCGUAUUUCCAGAAAAGAGAUUGGCGGAGUUUCAUCGACGAACGGAAUGAGAAAUCUUCGAGCAAUGAAGCGGUGGAUCUCGUCGAUAAGCUGCUUCAGUGGGAUCACAAGCAACGACUGACGGCCACGGAAGCCUUGAACCAUCCUUAUUUUCGUUGGCAGUCUACGAAAGAAUCGCCUUGCCUGUAA